UUUGCCUCUUGCGUGUUUUGGGGGAAGGUUCCUGGUGAUGCUGGGGCAGGAGGGGGGCUGUGUGUCUGUGCUGAGGUGGGAUUCGGGGCACCUGCUGUACAGAGCCCCCGCCCACAGCAGCCAGACUGUCUCCGCCCUGCAGGCCGACCCGGGGAACGACUACCUGAUUUCUGCUGGGGAGGACAGGACGAUCCAGGUGUGGAGGGUUUGCCCCCUCUCUCCAGACUUUCUGAGCCCCCACUUCAGCCUCUCCUGUGGGCAGCCGGCAGUGCACCUAGCCACCCUGGGACCCCUGCUGGGCCUGGCCCUCCAGGAGCACCACAGCGCCCCCUACUGCCUGCUCCACGUAUGCCUGGAGACCCAGAGCCCCACCGAGCACCUGCCCAGCCAAGGUCACCUGGACUGUAUCACAGGGCUUUGUGCGUGUCCUCAGAUGGGUGUGCUGGCUUCCAGUAGUCAGGACGGAACUAUCCGCAUUUGGGAUGAUGAGAACCGUCUUCUCAGGAUCCUCCAGCUGCAGGUGGGGCCGGAGUGCCUGGCGUACUGUGGCCAGAGGGGGGAGCUGCUGCUGGGGAUCAGGGGAGACCUGUACCGGAUCCCCAAAACACACCUACUGCCCCCCGACCACCACGUACAGCUCCUUUGUGCAGAGCAGUUUGAUCCCAUACCAGGCCUUCCUAUCUCUGAAAGCAGGAGCAAUACAAGCACGCACAGCAUCAGGUGUGGGAGCUGCUAUGGUGAAGAAGAGGAGAAGUUCAGCCAGGAGGAGAGGACCACAGAUGUGCACUCGGCCCUGCUGGCUCGGAGCAGGGAUCUGCAGGCCCUCCAGCAGGGGCUGGCGCUGGGCGCCAAGAAGAAGAAACUCCCGCCCCCCCGUGGGAGGAAGAGAGAGGCCUUCGCUCGCUACCUGCAGCUUGUGUUCCCCGAGCCUCUGAAGAUUCAGAUCCCAACAGAGGACCAGCAGGGGGUGCUGUUCCCUCCCAGAAGGCCCUCAGAGCUCCGCCCCCUAACACCGGAUAGGGGGGGCCCCACCAGCGCCUCUGACCAGAGGUCCCUUUUGGGGCACAUCCCCAACUCUGUGCUGCUGGCACGGCUGUGGCCCGACAUGAUGGCGCGGUACGCACCCCCACAGAAACCCUGGGCCCUGAGGGGGCUGAAGCUCCUGGUGUUUGAUGAUGAUGACGAUGAAGAUGAUGAUGAUGGUGAAUGUGAUGAAGAUGAGCUGAAGCUUCGGCAGAGGCUGGAAGAUCCCCCCCGCAAGGCGCCCACACCCCCCAAACCCCCGUGCCCAAUCCCAGAGUUCCUCAGUCCGUUUGUGGAGCAGGACUGGUUCCAGGAAGUCCUCCCCGACCACAGCCUGUUGGACAGCUCCUUCAGCGCAGAGGUCUUUGCCCUGCUCCUGGUGCAGAAGCUGAAGGGCUGCCAGACUGGGUCCAGGACACACAUCCUGAAUGCUCUCCUGCAGCUGCUCCAACAGGGGGCGCUAACGAACACCAAGCAAAUCUGUUCCGGCCUUACUGAGCUGCUGGAGACCUUUGCCACAUCAGACAUGUUGGAGGACAUGCGCUUUGUCUGUGAGCUUCUGAAAGCGCUGGCGUCUGUGGGCUCUGACAGCACUGACACCAUUUUGGAGCUGCUGACCAUUCUGGCUCAGAGAGAACUGGGGCUGCAGGGCGUGGUGCUUCGCCUGCUGAGGUUGAUGGGCGUGGAGGAGGCGGAGCCCUGGCUGAGUUCAGAGGUGGCAACCUGGCGCUCCGGAAUGCAGGGGGAGCCCGGCCAAACCUGGGCACACCUGAGACAGGUGGCUGCCAAUUGGCUCAACUUCUGGACCUGCAAGUACAAGCAAGACAGAGCCCUGCCGCUGAAAGGGGCAGAGAAAAGCCCUGUGGAUGUCCUGCGGUUCUUCUGCUCCAGGCAGAGAGAGAACCAGAGGCGCCCCCCUCCCCUCCCACCUCCCCCGCCACUGGCACCUCCUCCAGAGGGCCGCAGAGACACUGUGCUGCUCGAGCAGCACUUGCACAGGUAA